GAUUGUAUUCAUAUUCCAAAAUGUGAAGUGGUUAUAAUCCCUUAUAUUUAACUACUAAUAAACAAUUUUCACCGCAGUGAUAACUCUAAAUAAAAAAAUAAAGUUUGUAGAUUAUGGAUUUGCAAAUUAUAAGGGACUUUACAGUUUACUUUUAGGAAAUCUAAUGUAUACAUCGAGGAACUGUAAUAAUUUUGUUGUUUAACCACGGGAAGAAAAACAAGAAUUUGCUUGUUGCUUGUUUAAAAAAGAAGAAAAUGCCGAUUAAUAUUUACAACAAAGAGUUCAAAAACUGGCUAAAAGGUGUACUUGGACUUAACACAGCACAGACUGCUUUGUGUGAUCAUAUUUCUGACAAACUCGAUGAAGACCUAAUAGAUAUUCCACCUUUAGAAUUAAAACAAUUUUUCAUAUGCUUAGACUUAAAUAAAAUAUCUUUAUUAAGAACACAACAAACAGGCUUUAAGCAAUGGAGUUGUAGCCAUGACAAAUGCAAAAUACUUAUGGAACGUUUUGUUAACAAUCAUGUGCAGAAACAGGAUUUAAAGUUCAAAUGGGAAGAAACAACUUCAAGUGGAAGCAUUGGAGAACCCAAUACAGAUAAUCAAGAAGAGGAUUUAAAAUGGAAAGUUAUGAAAUUAUACAUGCACAUAGACAAAGACGAAGCGAUAGAGAACUACACAAGUUUAAAAUCCCUUGAUAUAGCUCGAGUUAUCAAACUCAUGAGAAGUUGUAAAUUAUUCUUUCCAGAUGGCUCAGCUGAACCUUAUGAAAAGGUUUUAGAAUGGAGAAAUAAGCUCAUGCACUCGCCUGACAACAUGAUGAAAGAAGACGAAACUCAAGAAAUUAUAAAAUGGACAAAGGCGCUUUUAGAUUGCUUAGAUAUAACCGAGAAAACAUAUUAUAAGGACGCUAUAGCGGGAUUGGAAGACAUUGCAAAGAAAGACUUUGUUAUAAAGUGUCAAUCUGAAGAAAGCAAAACAAUUCGAGCCAAGGUUAAAGAGGCGAAAACUGUUGCUGAUGAGCUAUAUAAAAAUAUUACGGAUGACGAACAAUUGCGCACCAGUAAACGUGUACUAGAUAUACUUGAAAAUAUUGGAGGUUUCGGGAUAACAGCAAACGAGGGAUUGGUAUAUAAACAAGCCGAGUACAAGUCAAAAAUUAAAGAAGUAUUUGAACAGAAGAGUGUAACGAUAGAACUAGAUAAAGCAGAGUGUGAUAAAGAAAGCGAGGACUUUAAAAAAUUGGAUGUCCUCCAGCAACAUACAGGACAAAAUCUUCAAGAAGUUAAAAAAGAAAUAGAAAGACUAGAGCCUGAAGAAAUGGUAGACAAAAUUAACAAUUUGGACAAAGAACUGGAAAGUAAAAAAUUAGAGGAAGUUCAGUUAAUUCGGUUAAAGAAAGAUAAAGAAGAAGCAGCUAAAACAAUAGUACAUCUCCAAAAUAAAGUAAGAAAGUUGGAAAAAGAAAAGAUAGUAAAAGAAAUUGAGGUCCAAAGGUAUAAAAAUGAGAAUGAAACUCUGAAAGAAUGCACAAGCGUGGUUGAAGAAAGUCGUGAUGAACCUCAAUUUCAACAAACGAUUGAUACUUUGCCAGAAGAGAUUGGAAAUGAAAGAGGUGGACACAUUUCUAAUCAAAGUCAGAUUGAAAGUAAAUAUGCAGAGGAUGACAUUCAACAAUAUAUAAACGGAAACACUGAAAAAGAAGACGACAGUAAUCUGGACGAAAAUGACAAAUUCUUCAUGGACGAGAUUCAUUCACGACCAAAUGGUGAUGAACCGCAAUUUCAACAAACGAUUGAUACUUUGCCAAAAGAGAUUGGAAUUGAAAGAGAUGGACACGUUCUUGAAGGAAUAUAUGCAGAGGACAUUCAACAAUAUAUAAACGGAUACCCUGAGCAAGAAGACGAUCUUAAUAUGGACGAAAAUUACAAAUUCUUCAUGAACGAGAUUCCUUCACGACCUAAUGGUGAUUACAUUGAUACUAUUCAUAAAGAAUGGUGGGGUGAUUAUAAAAGAUUAGAGGAAGAUCGAAACUAUAUGCAGUGGUUGUUUCCAAUAAGAGAAAAGAGUUGUAACAGACACUCCCAGGAACUUUUUCCUCAUGAAAUACAGAAAAUUCGUGAUUGUAAGGAGGCGCAAGAUAGACUUUUACUAUCGUACAAGAUGAUGUUAGAUUUUUAUGGAAUGCAACUAGUUGGUACAUAUGGAACGACUUUGGUUAGGACAAAGGCUAAUUAUAAAGAAAGAAUGGAACAUCUAAACAAAUCUGAGCACAAUCGUGACAGAAUUACAAGAAUUCUUAAAUGCCUAGGGGAACUAGGAUUUGAACAUAUUAAAAAAGAUUUGAUCCAGAACAUAACAAUCGACAUUUGGUUAAAAACAUUCAAUGCCAUAAACUUACAGGAAAUUUGUCGCAAUUACUGGAUUGAAAUUUUGAAGGACCCAAAGGAGAGAGCGAAAACGAAAGAAUUACUCAAGAACGGAAUCAAAUUUCGUUCACAACAUUUCGCUAGUAACACGCGAUAAUUAUCGCCUCUAAAGGGCGAAAUUUAGUACUGAAUUUCGCAUGUCUUAAAUUUCGCUAGUCUCUCACGCGAUAAUUAUCGCCCUUUCAAAAGACCAGAGACACUUAUACUAGCGAAAUUUAACAAUUUCGCCUCGAUAAUUAUCGUCUUAAUUUUCGUAUGUUGUGUGUUUCUCACGCGAUAAUUAUCGCCUUGAAGGGCGCUAAUUAUCGCAUGAGAGACUAGCGAAAUUUAAUACAUGCGAAAUUUAGUACCAAACUUCGCCCUUCGAAAUUAUGGCGGGAAAAAACACGUGUUAACGGUGUUACGGUAACACUGUCAGCUGUGUCUUCACCGGUAAAAAUGGGGUGUCACUUUUUGCAAUCGUUGUCAUUUUGGUGAAGGGAUCGUUGUGAAGGUGUGCUACCACUAAAUUAUCAGAUAGUUUUAUAGCGUUAUUCUCUCAUAUAAACUGGUAUUCAUUUGUGUUUGAACGUGCAUUGUGCUUGCGUAAAUUGUGUUAUAAGCAUAGAAAUUGAUAUUUAAAAACAGUUGGAUUUUUUUCAUUCGGGCAUCUAAAUUAUUUUUUAAAUCUAAAUAUUGUUAUAAUGAUAAUGAUUAAUUAAGUUUUGAAAAUAAAAUCAUUUGUGAAUUCGGUUAAUUCCAAAACAUAAAUGAACAGGGAUUUUUAAAGUUCGUUUGUUAAUUUGCAAACAAAUAAAAGGUCAUUUUUAGCUCGACUAUUCGCAGAAUAAUCGAGCUAAUGCAGUCACCUAUUUGUCGGCGUCGGCGUUCCUGUUCCUGAAAUUCUUGGUUAAGUUUUUGUAUGUAAGCUGGUAUCUCCAUAACUACUGAAGGGAAUGGAUUGAAACUUCACACACUUGUUCUCUGUGAUUAUCUAAGAUGAUUCGCACAAGUCCCAUAACUCUGAUUUGCUUUUUUACAUAAUUAUGCCCCUUUUUCGACUUAGAAAUUCUUGGUUAAGUUUUUCCGUGUAAGCUGGUAUCACCAUAACUACUGAAGGGAAUGGAUUGAAACUUCAAACACUUGUUCUCUGUGAUUAUGUUAGAUGAAUGGCACAAGUCCCAUAACUCUGGUUUGCUUUUUUGCAUAAUUAUGCCCCUUUUUUGACUUAGAAAUUCUUGGUUAAGUUUUUGUAUGUAAGCUUGUAUCUCCAUAACUAAUGAAGGGAAUAGAUUGAAACUUCACACACUUGGUCUCUGUGAUUAUCUAAGAUGAUUGGCACAAGGCCCAUAACUCUGAUUUGCUUUUUUGCAUAAUUAUGCCCCUUUUUUUACUUAGAAAUUCUUGGUUAAGUUUUUGCGUGUAAGCUGGUAUCUCCAUAACUACUGAAGGGAAUGGAUUGAAACUUCACACUCUUGUUGUCUGUGAUUAUCUAAGAUGAUUGGCACAAGUCCCAUAACUCUGAUUUACUUUUUCGCAUAAUUAUGCCCCUUUUUCGAUUCAUAAAUUCUUGGUUAAGUUUUUGUGUGUAAGCUUGUAUCUCCAUAA